AGAAGCCAGGGCUGCAGUUGCAUUAUUCAUCACUGGUUUGUGUCACACAGAGGAUUUAUUGCAGGAAGAAUCUAUCUCCAAGAAAAUGAAUAGUCAAUAUGUGCGCUUUGAAGUGUUUGGAUGUGAAACUGAAGAACUAACAGACUUCUGGGAAAAGACAAUUGAAAAACAAACUAAGCAUCUGCAAGUUGAAAAAGAACGUCAACAGAGAAGUGCUCUGCCAAAACUCAGAACUGAAUGGAAGGAGAGGUUGGAAAAAAGGAUACAAAUGAUGAAGACUCAAAAUGAAGAGCCAGCUAGUUGAAGGCUUCUUACACAUUUGGGAAAAGAAGGAAAAAUGUUUUGCAGAAGAAAACCAUAGUGUAUUGCAAACACCCAAUUUAUUUUUAUUGAUAAGCUUCAAUGAGAUUUAUUUUACAGUACCAUCAUCAUGUAGGGAGUUCAUAUGUGAAACCUCUAUUACUGCUUAUGAGACCUAUUACCUAUGUGGACCCCUUAUUCAGUGAGGAGAAAAUAAAUGUGGAUGGAUCCUAAAUUGUGGUUCCCUGAUCCAGAAAACUGUCUGGAAAAGGAAUUUAGUAUCAUUUUAACUAAAUGCUCAUUGAAAUAAUCUCCUGUGUAUUUUAUUAAAUACUCCUUGGGUUUCUAUACAUACUGAUAUUAUAGAGCAAUUUAAUGUUGUGUUUUUUCUUUGAAAUUGUUUAAAAUACAUUUUUGUGUGUUUGACUACUAUGAAACCACAA